GGCGGCGGUUACUGUGUGGGAGCGCCGGGAACUAUGUCGGGACGCGGGAAGCAGGGCGGGAAGGCGCGGGCCAAGGCCAAGUCGCGCUCGUCGCGGGCCGGCCUCCAGUUCCCCGUGGGCCGCGUGCACCGGCUGCUGCGUAAGGGCAACUACGCGGAGCGGGUGGGCGCCGGCGCCCCCGUGUACCUGGCGGCCGUGCUGGAGUACCUGACGGCCGAGAUCCUGGAGCUGGCGGGCAACGCGGCGCGCGACAACAAGAAGACGCGCAUCAUCCCGCGCCACCUGCAGCUGGCCAUCCGCAACGACGAGGAGCUCAACAAGCUGCUGGGCAAGGUGACGAUCGCGCAGGGCGGCGUGCUGCCCAACAUCCAGGCGGUGCUGCUGCCCAAGAAGACAGAGAGUCACAAGGCCAAGAGCAAGUAAAAUGCAGCACGGAAGCAUUUCCACCUCAAAAGUAACCUAAAGGCUCUUUUUAGAGCCACCCACUAGAUCAUAAAAGGAGCUGUAGAACUUACAAACAAACAAAAACCAAAAAACAAAAAAGUGUGUUGUGUUUCUGUUGUCAGAAAAGUG